AUGAGAGUUUUGAAUCUCGAAGGUGGCAGUGGUUUAGUACAAAUACCUAAUAUAUCUGGUCUCUCAAAUUUAGAAAAACUUUCAAUUAAAAAUUGUUGGAAACUAAUUGCAAUUGAUAAAUCGGUUGGUUUUCUAGGUAAACUUAAAAUCUUGAGACUUAUAAAUUGCAUUGAAAUCCAGAGUAUUCCACCUCUCAUGUUAGCUUCUCUAGUAGAACUCCAUCUUUCAGGAUGCAAUAGCCUUGAGAGUUUUCCACCUGUGUUAGAUGGAUUUGGUGAUAAGCUAAAAACCAUGAAUGUUAUAUAUUGCAAAAUGCUAAGGAGUAUUCCACCUCUCAAGUUGAAUUCUCUAGAAACACUUGACCUUUCGCAGUGUUAUAGUCUUGAGAAUUUUCCACUUGUGGUAGAUGCGUUUCUUGGAAAACUUAAAACCUUGAAUGUUAAAGGUUGCUGCAAACUAACGAGUAUUCCACCUCUCAAGUUGAAUUCUCUAGAAACACUUGACCUUUCGCAAUGUUAUAGUCUUGAGAAUUUCCCACUUGUGGUGGAUGCGUUUCUUGGAAAACUUAAAACCCUGAAUGUUGAAAGUUGUCACAAUCUCAAGAGUAUUCAACCUCUCAAGUUGGAUUCGCUAAUAUAUCUUAACCUUUCACAUUGUUAUAAUCUUGAGAAUUUUCCAUCUGUGGUGGACGAGUUUCUUGGAAAACUUAAGACCUUGUGUUUUGCAAAGUGUCACAAUCUCAAGAGUAUUCCACCUCUCAAGUUGAAUUCACUGGAAACCCUUGACUUUUCAUCAUGUCAUAGGCUCGAGAGCUUUCCACCUGUGGUGGACGGGUUUCUUGGAAAACUUAAAACCCUGCUUGUUAGAAAGUGUUACAAUCUCAAGAGUAUCCCACCUCUCAAGCUGGAUUCUUUAGAGAAACUUGACCUUUCAUGUUGCUGUAGUCUUGAGAGUUUUCCAUGUGUGGUGGAUGGGUUGUUGGAUAAACUUAAAUUUUUGAAUAUUGAAUGUUGCAUCAUGCUUAGGAAUAUCCCACGGCUCAGGUUGACUUCAUUGGAAUAUUUCAAUCUUUCAUGUUGUUAUAGUCUCGAGAGUUUUCCAGAAAUAUUGGGGGAAAUGAGAAAUAUACCAGGACUCCUUAAGGAUGAUACUCCCAUAAAAGAAAUUCCAUUUCCCUUUAAAACUCUUACUCAGCCUCAGACAUUAUGUGACUGUGGAUAUGUUUACUUACCAAAUAGGAUGUCAACAUUGGCUAAAUUUACCAUUAGGAAUGAAGAAAAAGUGAAUGCAAUUCAAUCUUCACAUGUAAAGUAUAUUUGUGUCAGGCACGUCGGCUAUCGUUCAGAGGAAUAUCUGUCAAAAAGUCUUAUGUUGUUUGCUAAUGUGAAAGAAUUACACUUAACUAGUAAUCAUUUCACAGUUAUUCCUAAAUCUAUUGAAAAUUGUCAAUUUUUGUGGAAACUCAUCUUGGAUGAUUGUACGGCACUUAAAGAAAUUAAAGGGAUUCCUCCAUGCUUAAGAAUGUUAUCUGCACUAAACUGCAAGUCGUUGACUUCGUCGUGCAAGAGCAAAUUGCUAAAUCAGGAAUUACAUGAGGCUGGAAAAACAUGGUUUCGUUUGCCACAAGCAACAUUUCCAGAGUGGUUUGAUCACCAUUGUAUGGCAGGAACAUAUAUUUCUUUUUGGUUUCGUAACAAGUUUCCUGUCAUAGCUCUCUAUGUUCUUUCUCCAUUUACAUGGGAUGGUUCUCCAUUAAGAGUGAUCAUCAACGGAGAUACAUUUUUUUAUACACAUGGUUCGAAGAUUGGUGCCAAAUCACAUGCAGAUACAUAUCAUUUGCAUCUUUUUCAUAUGCAAAUGGAAAACUUCAAUGAUAAUAUGGACAAAGCACUUUCAGAAAAUAAGUGGAACCAUGCGGAGGUUCUCUUUGGAUUCAAAUUCCUUAAAAGUGGAAUCCAUGUAUUGAAAGAGAAAAUUAACUUGAAGGAUAUUCGAUUCACCAAUCCAGAGAAUGAUGCUAACAUUGUAAUCACUCGGGGUGAAGUUACUGAUCUUCCACAUGCCAUGCUACCACCAGAGCCCAUUAACUUGUCAACAGAACUUUCAUCAACUUCCGAUGAAACUGAACCGUUGAUGAACAACUUGCAUUUGAGUCCAUCUUUUAGAAGACACUUUUCUCAGAACAAUGCGGCUAACGAGACUGAGCAAAUUCAGUGCUUUUCAUCAUUUAAGUCCAUCUUCCUAGACAACCAAGAAAGUGAAGCACAAGGCAGAGAGAGUUCACACCAUUGUUUAAUUAUGUGAGUAAUCUUAAUGGAGAAAGAGGCAACCGGAAGGAAUCAUUGUCAAUGUCCUUUCAACCUGAUGAUAUUAGUUCGGAAAGCCCUGAUUUGAAAAUUGUCUCUUGUACUGACAGUUUGUUGACACACGCCUGCACGGUCAGUUGUUGUUCGGUUCUUAUGUUAAGCUUCAGAAAAUGACUGUGCAAAAAUCUUUCUCUUGAACAAGACUUCGCAAAAUGUGCAAAAAUCUACGCCUGCAAAAAGAGUGCUAGACUUUUCACUCACAGAAGGCAGCGAUGAUUUGGACAAUAGAGCAGACAUAUAUCUAAACCUAGUAGAGGAUGCUUUUAGGACACUGUGCAAAAUGUGCAAAAAUCUACGCCUGCAAAAAGAGUGCUAGACUUUUCACUCACAGAAGGCAGCGGUGAUUUGGACAAUAGAGCAGACAUAUAUCUAAACCUAGCAGAGGAUGCUUUUAGGACACUGUGCAAAAUGUGCAAAAAUCUACGCCUGCAAAAAGAGUGCUAGACUUUUCACUCACAGAAGGCAGCGAUGAUUUGGACAAUAGAGCAGACAUACAUCUAAACCUAGCAGAGGAUGCUUUUAGGACUGCAAAUCUUUUGAUUCUUUUUCCUUACCUCAGGAGUCAUUCCUUUGAGGAAACCAAUGUAGAUCAAAGUGGUUUGGAUGAAUCGGAUAACAAUCUUUCAUCAUUGGUGUGAUUAACUCUAGAUUUGCUGUAGAACAUGUUGAGAUUUUGAAAAAGAUUGUGCCAGACUGGCUUAGCAAGAAAAUGGUUUCUUGUGGGUCUCUUUGUUUUUAUGAUUAAACCUUCGCACUUUUAGAGUAUCAGUCUCUUUUAGGGAUGUGAAAAUUUGAUUCAGGCUUAACAUGAAAUUCCAGCCGUAACAUUUGCAGCAUUAAGAAUACGUUGGAUUUGGAUUCGGUUCGAUCAAGGCUGUUCUAUAAUGUGACCAUGACCAAAGGAGAUGAGUGAAGGGUUUUUGUUGAAUGGGAUAAUGAAUGUUAAUUGUGGUAUUGCAAAUGCUUGUUUUUUGCACUCAUUGUUGUGUAAGAAAAGUUGUGCAUAGCAAGGGUUGUUUCGUUUUUUGCCCUCAUUGUUUUGUGUAAGAAAAGUAAUAGAGAUUAGAACACCAUACACACAGCCAAGUGUGAAAACUUCUUGUCACUCAUUAUAUUAUAUAUGUAGUACAAUUUUGA